CAAGCGCAUCCACCAUAGUACUCGAUCGUUUAUUUUCUCAGCGUCUCUUGUCAAGUGAUGGACCAUCCAAAAUGGUCUCGUGUCCAAUCUGCGGCAAAGCGGUGAAACAGUCCAACAUCAACAACCACAUCGAUUCGAACUGUAUUGAAGACAUCGAACAAGACCAGCCUUCCACCUUCGCCUCAACUCCUGUCUCGUCGUUCUUCAAGACGCCCGUCUCUAAACGCGAUGGGUCCCUCCCUUUCUUCUCCUCCUCGCAACCCGUGCACUCAUCUCCCAGUGAGCCUCCUCGCCCUACGCCCCUGAAACGAUCCUUCGAUGGUACUUUGGCCUCAUCCACGCAGCCUGUGAACGGCCAUAGUCAAGAUCACAUACAUACACGAAACGAAGUGACGCUUCAAAAUGGGAUUGCUAGCGAACAACAAAACGGCGCAACCUCUGCCACCGCCACCACGACCGACAUCGCGCAACCACCACCAGCGAAGAAGUCAAAGACAAACGCAUAUGACAGGGCCGCACCCUUAGCAGAACGCAUGCGUCCCCGCACCCUCACCGCAAUCCUCGGCCAGGACCUUGUCGGGCCAUCUGGCGUCUUGACCUCCCUGAUCACAUCGGAUCGCGUACCGAGCAUGAUUCUCUGGGGCGCGAGUGGCACGGGGAAAACGACCAUCGCACGGGUGAUUGCGUCGAUGGUGGGCAGUCGCUUCGUCGAGAUCAACUCCACCAGUUCUGGGGUCGCCGAAUGUAAGAAGAUCUUUACCGAAGCAAAGUCCGAGUUGGGCCUGACGGGCCGCAAGACGAUCAUCUUCUGCGACGAGAUUCAUCGGUUCUCCAAGAGCCAGCAAGACGUAUUUUUGGGUCCAGUGGAGAGUGGCACGGUUACUCUUGUCGGUGCGACGACGGAGAACCCGAGUUUUCGAGUGCAGUCGGCGCUGCUGAGUCGGUGUAGGGUCUUUGUGUUGAAGAAGCUGUCUGAAGCAGAUAUUCUGGAGAUCCUGAGGCGGGCUGUGGGACAGGAAGGUCACCAUUACGGACUGCGGAUGCCGGGAGAAGGCGCGUCCAACGACGGAGCCUCGCGUAUAGUCGCAGAAGGAGACGGAGAGGACGAAACAGGCUCGGCGCUGGACCUGGUCAACAACGACAAGCUACUCAAGUACCUCGCGUCCUUCGCGGAUGGUGACGCCCGCACCGCUCUCAAUCUGCUCGAACUGGCCAUGGGCCUCUCGACACGGCCCGGCAUGACCCUGGACACGCUCAAACGCAGUCUGACCAAGACAAUGGUGUACGACCGCGCGGGUGACCAGCACUACGACACGAUCAGUGCGUUCCACAAGUCUGUGCGCGGAAGCGAUCCGGAUGCCACACUGUAUUAUCUCGCACGGAUGAUCGUGUCGGGGGAAGACCCUUUGUAUAUCGCGCGGCGGAUGGUCGUGAUUGCGAGCGAGGACGUCGGGCUCGCGGACCCAAGCUUGUUACCGCUUGCCACGGCGACGUACACGGCUGUGCAAAUGAUCGGUAUGCCGGAGGCGCGCAUCAAUCUCGCGCAUUGUGCCGUCGCGCUGAGUUUGAGUAAGAAGAGUACACGCGCCUACAGGGGGUUGGAGAGUGCGAUGAGCGCGUUACAGGAGCCCGGAGUAGCAGGCCUGCCUGUGCCGGUGCACCUGAGGAACGCGCCAACAAGGUUGAUGAAAGAACUGGGCUACGGGAAGGAGUAUAAGUAUAAUCCGGACUACGUCGAUGGUAGAGUGAGCCAGGAGUAUCUGCCUGAGCAACUCCGAGGGCGGAGGUUUCUUGGCGACUUGGAUCUUGGGGACAAGGUGGAUGAGGAGUUGCAGCAACAAGAGGAGGAGGAGCGGCUGAAGCUGGACCAAGGUGGGAAGAUUGAGGUGAAUGGAGACGGGUAUGCGGAUUAAAAGAGUCUGAUUACAAAAGCGACGCAAUGCCGGUGAUGAGUCGUGGGCAAGGCUAACUAACCCUUUUGGCAUACAGAAUAAUGUGCGGCAAGGACCGCAUACACAAACCCAUCUUGGGGAUCAUCAAGACGGCAUUAUGCAGGACCAGCGUCAUACAUAAGGAGCAAUCCAACCAUCAGAAAGCAAGGAUAGGGAGCCACAGCCACCAAAGAGCAAACUUUUCCUUCCAAUGUUGAAAGCCAAACGGAAAAGCUCUGUACCCGCCAGACACGACGACGACGUCGAUUCAUCGGAUGGGCACAGGCAAGACUCAUGGACUCAUUCAAACUCCUGACACUGCUUUGCCCCCUUCAACUCCGUCACCCACGGCAGCCUAUGCUUGACCCACAGCUCCGCCUCCGGAUCGCCGAGCUCUUCCGCCCCGCCUUUCGCCCUCAGGUCGCCUUCGCCGCCGUCAAGACAGCCCGCGAAAACAACGAGCACGCCAGGAAAGCCAUCGGGGGCUUUCUUGUACAGCGUGCUCGGGCAUUUUGCGCAGCCAAAGAAGUUAAUGCCCAUGCCGGUUUCGUGGACGGUCGAGGUUUGCCGCAAAGGCGUGUUGGUCCUGGACUGGAGCUGGAAGUCGGUUUUCCGGGCUGAGGUCUCAGCCGGUGAAUGCGCGUCAGGGUCGGGGACGAGAAAGCAUGUCGCAUAGGCGCUGCUGGUGAAUUUGCGGCAGGUCAAGCAAUGACACAAAGCCUGCGUGGAGAAGGAGGGGUUAGAUUUAAUACAUAUCAAACAUUCAACUUCCUGGAUACGGAGCCAUUAUGGCGAGGCGAGGGCAGGAACAGAGGAUGGUCAAACAUGGUGCAUGCACGGGGAAAGGUGGAAUACCUUGGCAAUGGGCUCGCCCGAGAAGGUGUAGGUGAUGUCGCCACACAGGCAGGAUCCGUUUAACAUGGUGGAAUGAGGUGUGACUACUCUUUGGAUGGACAAUGAGAACGAAUCAAGAAGAUUGGAUGAUGGUCAAGCAUGCGAGAGUCAGUUGCACGCAAGGUAUCAGGAAUUGUGAUGUGAUGCGUGGGAGAGAAGAGAACGGGAUUCAAGUCAAUCGCUCUGAAGUAGAGUUCUUUUAUUCGAUAUCUGAC